AUGGGCGGGAUUGGAAAAACAGCUCUUGCAAAACUUUUGUACAAUGACGAGGAACUGAAGGGUCACUUUGAACUCAGGGCAUGGGUUUGUGUUUCUCAUGAUUUUGAUGUAUUCAAUAUCAGCAAGCAAAUUUAUCAAGCUGUAGUUGGGGAGGACAUAACAUUCUCCGGUCUAGAUCUACUUCAUGUAGCUCUGAAAGAAGAACUAUCAGAUAAAAAGUUCCUACUCGUUCUGGAUGAUGUCUGGAACGAAGACCACAAGAAGUGGGAAGCCCUCAAACAGCCACUUGUAGGGAAAGUAGGAAGUAAAGUUAUUGUGACAACCCGGAACACCGUGGUUGCAUCCAUGAUGAACUCUGUUGAGUUUCAUAAUCUAGGGGUCUUGAAAGAGGAGAUUGCUAUGUGUUUGUUUGCUCAGUAUGCACUUGAAGAAAAAACUUUGACAAACAUCCAUCGCUUUCUAUAG